AUGCCUUCCGAAAAUGAAUCAUUUCCACAACAGAAAGGCUUUGUGCAACGUUUGGUUUCAUUGAUGGAUGUGGUGUCCACUUCUCGGAACCAAAAAGACUCGACAGCAUUGAAAGAAGAUGAAAAAGCUUUUGUUCGACAAAUGGUGUUGUUGUUUUCUCAACAAGAUUUAAAUCAAUUAAUUGAGGAUAUAUUAUUUAGGGAGUAUGAACUUAUCAUCAAGAACAGCACUGACUCAACGAACAGUGAGAAACAAUCAAAAGAUGUCGGUGUGGAUAUGGUGUAUUAUUGUUUGUUAACGUUGCACGUUCUUUUUGAUUUUCAAAAUACUCCACAACAACAUUACAAGUUCUUUAUUGAACGUAUUUGUUUAUCACUACUUUUUCCCUCUCUUAUUACUGCCAAUCAAGAAGGACAAAAUGAAAACACUGUGUUGUCUUCUUUGGAAACGAUUCGAACAAAUCCUAGGAUUCAAUCACUAGUGUUUGAUAUUCUCGUGGAAGAUCUGUCACGAGAAAUUCUCAGAACUGAAGAAAAUCAUGGCUCAUUCGAGAAAAUUCCUCUCUUGCACUAUUGCAUUUCCAAUUUGAGCAGAUGUUUACUCUCGGCAGGUUCUGAUGAUAACGAGUCCAGUAACGAUAUGUCAGAGAAACUCAGCACUCAGGAGCAAACCCUCUCUAAUAUUAUGAUCUUUUCAAAACAUUUACUUGACUGCAAAAGUAUUUCAGACUCACAAAUCAUGAAACAGUACUUUGAAAAAUUAUUUGAACUAUUCAUCAAAAAUUGUGGUGUGUUGAAAUUUGGUUUGACACUAUCGUCACUUCAAACUUGGAAUAUUGACAUUGCCAUUGCCGGAAGAUUACGAAAAUGUUUCUUUUUGAAUUUAAUGCCACAUUUCUUUCAGUACAAUUAUAGCACUUAUAGUGCGACAAGAGAACACUUGCUUGAAAUUUUGCAUGUGAUACAAAUUAUGAAUCAAAGUUACAAAUCGCAAGAGAGCAACACAGUUUUACAAAAUAUUUCGUCCGACCCAAAAACCAAACAAAUAUUUUUCGAUCAAUUAUUGCAUGAAUCAUUUAUGCUUCUCUGCCAAUAUUAUGAUGCAUUUUUCAAAAUUGACCUUGACUCUCAAACCUUUGUAAUCGAUUUAAGACAAGUCGAAUGGAUAUGGGAAAGCAUUUUGGAAAACUUGGUAGUCAACUCUGAGACCUUUAUUGGAAAGAGAUCUCUCUAUCUCAUCAAACGGUUAAUUCUUGAUACAACCUGUUCUUAUCCUUACAUGUCAAGCACAGAGAACAUUUCUUCUUUUCUCACUCAACCAAUCAUUUCAAAACAAGUAUUUAAAAAUUCCAAAGCUAAAGAAGCUCAAUCAAAAAAGAAACAAACCAAAAGAACGACUCCACAAAACGAAGAGGACAGUUCACUUUUAAAAAUUCAUGAAAUGAUUCAAUAUCAAUGGCAAACAUUUUUCAUGAUUUAUGAAUCACUUGAAAAUCACUCUCUCCAUCUGAUAAAACCUGUUUGGGAAAGUGUAUUUGAGCUCAUUCCUAAACGAGGAGAAGAGAAACCAUUCAAAUACUUUAUUGACCAGAGAUUUGUGAGGGUUUUGUGGAUACGUGCUAUGAGACAUUCAAAUUUUGGUGUGGUAAAAUUAGUUGCCCAUUCAAUGCUGGAUAUUUAUGAUACUAUAGAAGAUCGGAUUUUAAUCACAUCGAAUGAUAGCACAGAAAUUUUGGAGAAGAAUUUGCUUCUGGACAAAUCAUUUAUGUGUGGUGAAUUUAUUGAAUGUAUUUCAAUGUCGAAACUUUUUACAACCAAACAAGACUAUAUUGGGGAGAAAGUAUUCCUCUUUUUCGACGCAUAUUUUGCUAUUUUAGAGAAAAUUGGAAAAAAGAAGACAUUUAUACAGGCAUUUAUUGCAAAGAUUGCUUCGGCCAGAUGGUCAAGAGUGGCCCUUUCGUUCUUUUUAUUAGUUCUAGCGAGAAUGAAAUUCUCAUCAGAAAAUGACUAUUUAGAUUUGAAUGAUUUGAGCGCUUUCUGUGAAAAAGUUAUACUUCUUCAAUUAUCAGAGCAAUCUUUGUGGCUUAAGCUUAGAUUAUACAGCUCAGCACUUGAAGUCAUUGUCAAUUGUUUCAAUUUCAAGAAAUUGUGUGAAGAAAAUCCUCAACAAUUGAUGGACAUUAUUGGAAAAUUAUUUAGCAGUGUCAGUUCUGUAGAUCCACUCACCUAUUCCUCAGAUAUUGUCUUGCUGAGAAGACUUCGAAAUUGGUUUGGUGAAUGUAGAGAGAGUUUUGAGAAGACUUAUUUGACUUACAUGCGAAACUUGUUAAACCAAUUACUAUCAGAGGAGACAUCGAGUAUCAUGGCUUAUUCGAGUAUUGAAAAAUUUGCUACUCUGUUGUAUUUCAUUCCAUGGGAUGAAAGUACUAUUGCAGAACAAUGCAACCAAGUGCUGGCAUUCAAUCUAUCAUUGACCUUUCCCCAAAUGUUAGAAAAGCUCUACACACAUACUCAAAUGCCACAUUCUGUCAAAGUUAGAAUGUUGAAUUUGCUAUCUGCCAUACUAAAUUCAUGCUUGUUUGUAUCUACUUUUGACAUGAAAGAGCAUUACAUAAUGAAACAAGUCAAAGACACAAUUUGUUCAAUGAUCUUUACUAGAUCAAAUUUAGAAAGCAUAUUAAUGUUUAUAAGAGGAGAAAUUUUGUCUAUAUCUUUUGCAACAAUACCGGAGCUUGCACAAUUUUACAAACAAUUAUUGAUGGAGAGAAAUUUUUCAAUUUUUAAUUACUCAGAUUAUGAUAGCUUUAAAGGUGUUGUGAAUUGCUUGCUCUGUGUUUCUCAGUUAUUAAUGACUCACCGCGAAGAGUAUGAAUAUUUGCAAAGAGAAAUGCUUCAUCCUCUCUUAACAGAAAUUGCAACUCUCCUAAAAAAUAUUUCGAUACUAUUUCUAGUGUAA